GCCGCGUUCAGUCUCUGAUAGCUCGCAAGGGGGAGCGCGUGUCGUUACAGUUGGCAAGCCGGUGCGCGGGAUCAUACGCGAUAUAUUGUUUCUAUUUAAUUAAAUACACGAUAUUAAACCAAUUGAUCUGUGGGAAUAGUGACUGUUGGUGUGUCGUGUGUAACGGAUGACUUUUGGAGAGGCUGAAAGUGAAUCUGAAAUAUCUACUUAUGCAGGCACAGGUCACCAGAGGGAGUAUGCUGACCAGAGUACUGACACUAGCGGUGCUGGUUGUGAGUUGUACCCUCACGGACGCCUGCACUUGCUCCCUGGAACACCCACAGGCUCACUUCUGCAAUAGCGACUUUGUAAUCGUUGGGCGAGUACAGAAACUCUUCAGAGGGAAUGAUUUCUACGAUGCGUACAAAGUGAAAAUACGCAAUGUUUUCAAAGCUACACCAAAGGCAACAUUAGCAUUAAAAUCAGGACGAAUCCUAACGCCAUCGCAGGAGUCCUUGUGUGGGAUUACCCUUCAACCUAGAGAGACCUACGUAAUAACAGGUCGAGUGAUGCAUCUUCAAGCUCAUGUCCACUUGUGCGGGUACAUCAACAAAUGGCGUGAGGUCACUCCGAGACAGAGGAAAGGAUUCCGUCUGCUGUAUAAGCAGGGCUGCACGUGCAAGGUCCACAUGAACAGGCGCAGCACCAAGUCUCCAAACACCUGCGUGGCCGGCUACGACGAGUGCUACGAGAGACACGGAGUAUGUCUACACGACCGCUCACGACGCUGCCGAUGGACAAGAGCUCCAGCACUAACCAGAUGUCUACAGAAACAACAUCUGAAUGGAACCAUGACUUGAUCACUACGAAUCGAUUUAACAUUAAUAUAACGCACCAUUUUUGUAUAUCUCGACAUGACUUAAUGAAAAAUCCGAUGUUAACUUCGAUAUUGUUUCUUUGUGAUUUAUUAAUAAUAUUUUAUUAAAGUUACGACGCUAUUCUAAGCCAAAUCAUGUUAUAUUGCGUAUGCUUGUUAAGGACUGUCUUGUGUGAGGACAUAGCCUAGCUUUUGUAAUUUAUUCUCGACCGCUCUGAUUAGAAAUAAGAAAGCCUUGAGGCCAAAAGUGAAGAUCCCAUAUACCAAUCAGAUUCCUUGUAUAUAUAUUCCGCUGAAGCGACCACCAACCACCAACUCCUCUUCAUAACUCCUCUUACCGCUGUCGUCAUUGAAUUUACGUUCUUAUUUGCAGACUUUGCAGUAUGACAACAAUAAUGUCAUACGACAAAAUUAUCAAAAAUUUUUGACGCGUUAUUGGUAUUGGGCGAUUUUUAGAAACUGGGACUUGUAGAAUUAGAAAGACAUCUCGCGAUAAAUAGAUCAUUAGAUGUAUUUCAGUAUUUUCGUUAGCAUUUUUUAUAAUUUAGGAUAUCUUUACAUAUUAUGAUAAUACACUCAGAAACUAUGAAAUUAUUGUUUUGUGGAAGAGGAGGACACCCGGUCGACACCUGAUUGUGAUGCCCGCUGCCCACGCCAGAGGUGUCACAGGAGCGAUGCCGGCCUUUUAGAAAGGUGUGCGCGCUUUUGACAUUUGAAUUUAUUAAAUUAAAUUAAAUUUGACAAGGUUCCGUCCCAUUUAGAUUUGGCGCGAAUUAUAAUACAAACACUGAUAUCAAAAUCGAUCAAUAGACGCAAUAUCCUUUUAUUAAUUAAUUUUAAGUCUUAUUUAAAUAGAAACUUAACCACAUUUGUUUAUUAUGAAUAUUUGUAAAACUACUUUUGUUGGGAUAUUUUAUAUCAAGUGUAAGUCCAAUAUAAUAUUAUGAAAGCGUGUUUCGACUUUAACGUAGUAAAACAUAAUUUGUGAACAUUUUUGACUUUUUAAAUAGUCGUGUCCGCUUUAGUGUGGGCCAUCGCCAAAAUAUUAAUUCUAUUAAUAUUUUGGCGAUGGCAACACUUCACAAAUGUCGAUUUUCAUUUGAAAUAUAAUUAGCUACACUUUAGCUGUAAUAAGUUAUGUCAACUAAAACAGUAUAUAAAGUUAUAUUGUUAGCCCAAGAGACGGAAUAUUUCUCUAUUACAAUCCUGUAAUGAAGUUAUUUACAUUAACAAUCUAUUUAUUAUUUUUCGUUAAAACAGAAGGCGGACUGUUUCACCUUUAGUAGUGUUGCUUACUAUUAAUAUAACUUAACAUUAAUAAUGAAGUUUUCCAAAAUCGGGAAUAUUAUGUUGAGCAUUCAGACGUAAAGGUCAGUUAACUAGAGCCAGCACAUUCAAACUACUCACACAAGCAAUGCUAUUGUAAAUCAUUCAUUAUUCGAAUGUUAUUCGUCUUUUUUUUAAUUAGACGACACAUUGCCUCUUAUUAACAUUUAAUCUUAUUUAGUUGAAAGAUCCACUUCCUUAUAAAAUCUUAUAUCUUUAAAUGAGCAAUUCUUGUAUAUAUAUAAAUAUAUAUAUAUAUAAUCUGAAUCUCGGAAACGGCUCCAACGAUUUUCAUAAAAUUAAGUAUGCAGGGGAUUUCGGGGGUGAUAAAUCGAUCUAGCUAGGUUUCAAUUUAAAAAAAAUGGUUUUAUCCAUGUUUGAAUGAGAAACAGCUACAAUAACAUUAGAAUACAAAGGUAAAUUUCGCCACUAUAUACAAGACUAUUAUAGCUCAGAUGGGACAUUGGGUGAUCCGGAAAGCAGAAGACCCCGGUUCGAAUCCAGAUGUCCUAUUAGUUUUUUUUUUUGUUCAAGUUUUGUACAUUCUUAAAAGACCGAGCAAGGCUUGGUCGUCCGGAUAUUGUAAAUAAUAACAGCAAUAAGUUAAUUAGGUAACCCGCGUGCGAGCGAGAUGGAUCGGUUUUUCUUGAUACGUAUUCAAUAUGGCGUCGGUUUACGUCAGUGCCAACUUUAGUUAACUGAUCUAUGCGUAUAUUAGGGCAGCUUGCUGAACGCUUAUCUAUUUAGUUAUGUGAAAUAUUAGAACGUGAUAACUUGUAAUCGAUUGUUAAUUACACGAAUUUAUAAAACCUUAAACCGUUGUUAAUUCUCUUUAGGUUCCAAAAUUGUUUGUCCACGGAGACAACACAAUUUAUUGUAUUAUUUAUUCUAAGUUAUAACUAUUUUUAAGUCAAAGUAUUGUAAAUUAACAAAAUAGUGAUAUGUUAGUUAAGAAAUAAAAGUUUUAAAAAUUGA